UCCGCCGAAUACGGAUAACGUGUGUUUAUGCUUGGAUUUAAUUUUAAAAAUAAUGGCGCCAGAAAUAAAAUACAAUAAAAUUUUCAUAGACAACCAGUGGGUGGAAGCGGUGACUGGAAAGACGUUUGAAACUUUUAAUCCCCAUGACGGUGCUACUAUUGCCACAGUUGCUGAAGGAGAUAAGGAGGAUAUUAAUGCCGCCGUAAAAGCAGCUAAACGUGCGUUUCAUCGUAACUCGGAAUGGCGUCUGAUGGACGCUUCCCAACGAGGCAAGAUUCUAAAUAAGUUUGCUGAUCUUGUGGAGAGAGACGCAGAUUACUUGGCUGAACUCGAGACUUACAAUAAUGGAAUGGUGCUAUCGAUGUGCCGAAGAUUCAUUGGAGCAUCAGCUUACCACAUCAGAUACAAUGCAAGUUUGGCAGACAAAAUUCAAGGCAGCACUAUACCUUGUGAUGGUGACGCAUUUUCAUAUACAUUGAAGCAACCAGUAGGCGUCUGCGGUCUCAUUUUGCCCUGGAACGUCCCGAUGCUUAUGUUCAUCAGUAAAGUUACAACUGCAUUAGCAGCAGGUUGUACGGUAGUUGUGAAGCCAGCGGAGCAGACGCCACUGACCGCGCUAGCACUAGCCGCGCUGCUAGCCGAGGCCGGGAUGCCACCCGGCGUCGUCAACGUGGUGCCAGGCUUCGGAGAGACCGCUGGCGCUACUCUAACUCACCACCCUGAUGUCGCUUUGAUAUCUUUUACUGGCUCGCUCGAGGUUGGCAAAUUAAUCCAGCAAGCAGCUGGCACCAAUAACCUAAAGCGAGUCGUCCUCGAGCUCGGCGGCAAGAGCCCGCUUGUAAUCAUGAACGAUGCAGACCUGAACAAAGCAAUACCCUACGCUGCACAAGCUGUAUUUCUUCACCAGGGCCAAGUGUGCAUUGCCGCCUCGCGUUUGUUUGUACAGGCAGAAAUAUAUGACAAGUUUGUACAGAAGGCUGUGGAAGUCGCCAAGUCUUGGAAAAUCGGGAACCCAUUUCUAGAAACUAGCCAGAAUGGUCCACAGAUAGAUGAGACAAUGAUGAACAAGGUUUUGGGAUACAUAGAGAAAGGAAAAUCAGAGGGUGCGAAACUGCUCACCGGUGGUAAACGAAUCGGCACAACAGGUUUCUACAUCGAACCAGCCGUGUUCGCCGAUGUUAAGGAUGACAUGGCUAUUGCUAAGGAAGAGAUUUUUGGACCAGUGCAGAGUAUUUUUAAAUUUAAUACAUUGGAAGAGGCAAUCGAUCGCGCGAACGCUACAAACUAUGGUCUUGCUGCGGGUAUCUUCACAUCUUCUAUCGAAACUGCGCUCCAGUUCAGCAAACACGUGGAAGCUGGUAAUGUGUGGGUGAACACAUAUUUGCAUCAUGGACCACAACUUCCUUUCGGUGGCUUCAAAGAAUCCGGAAUUGGACGGGAAAACGGCCUGGACGCGGUGAACUCCUAUUUGGAAGUAAAAACUGUAACUAUAUCUUUACCGAAAAAAGUAUAGUUUUAGUUAAUUGAUUCAAAAUUCUAAUAAACAUAAUA